UAUCAUUUUCACGACUCGUAGUUACAUAAAUAUAAGACAAAUUGGUAAUACAAAACUUAGCCAAUAUUUUUUUCUACCUUCGUUAAACAUGACAUCCCUCUAAACUGGUACAAGUUGCGUACGGACAGAUCCACGAGAGACGCCUGCGUCGGUUCAACGUCGUGACGCUUCUACACAAUCAACGAACUUGUAGAUGCACACCGGGCGUUUGAUAAACCGGCAACGUUUCUGGUAUCACUAAAUUACAGCGGUUAUCGAAUAUUGUACGGAAUUUGUUCUAAUUUGUUUAUGGAUAGGAUGUUUUUUGUUUACGUUUUUUUGGGUGGUCUAAAGUCAUGUGUGAAAGUUUGAAGCGUAUUUAUUAGUUGAUCAGGCCAGGAGCCAUCAUUGUCAAUAAAGUUGAAGAAGUGGAAAGGAAAAAUGCAGACAUGUAGAAAAUAAAAUUCACACCAAUACCUAGAUAUCCAGCAUAACAGAAUAAUCAUGGAGCAAUGACUAAAUAACAUUAGUGGAAUCUCUAGAUGUAGAAAAACUUGUGAUACUCCAGUUCGAAAUGAAUGACACAGAAUACUGAUCUAAAUGAAAGAGAAAAUACCCGCUGCAUCUGCCGCAACAGGACCAAAUCAAUAGUAAACCUAAUUUUCGAUUUCGAUAAUCAUCAUACUCCAACGAAUAUAACCGCAAUAAUUAUAAUGUUAAACAAAUGGGCAGUGAUUAUUAUAAUAUUCAAUUUUAGAUGAGAAAUACUGUAAAAAAUAUAACCAAUGAUUUUCAGUUAGAUCAAUGAAAUUAAUUUGAAAAAAUGCAAAUCAAAUAUCAAACAGCCCCUAUUUCUACGGUUCCUAUUUCUUUUGCGAUCACGGAAUCACCUUUAUCGGUAAACACUACUUCGACAUUCUCAGGACCCAUAGAACUGGCUCUCACGACAAUCUUAAAACCUAUUUCAACAAUAGAUUCAGAUGAAUUAUGGCAUCCGAUAGUUUUUAACGAAAAUUCUAGUCUGUAUUUUGAGAAUAUUGAUAACCUUAUGUCGUUCGAAAUCGGAAACGGAAGUUUUAACAGUUCAAGUAAACAAAAUAGGACAAUAGAAAUGAAUGAUGCUACAGUGAAGUUGGUUUCUAUGGUUGUUACGGCCUUUUUUCUGGGAUUUAUCAUUUUAUCAACAAUAAUAGGAAACGUGUUCGUAAUAGCUGCUAUACUAUUGGAAAGAAAUCUACAAAACGUAGCAAAUUACUUAAUCCUAUCUCUGGCCGUGGCUGAUCUUCUAGUGGCGUGUCUUGUUAUGCCGUUAGGAGCCGUCUACGAAGUGAGUCAGGAAUGGACAUUGGGACCAGAAUUGUGUGACAUGUGGACUUCCAGUGAUGUUUUGUGUUGUACAGCGUCAAUAUUACAUCUUGUAGCUAUCGCCUUAGAUAGGUAUUGGGCUGUAACAAACAUCGACUAUAUUCACCAAAGAACCUCUAAACGCAUAGGUAUAAUGAUCUUCAUCAUAUGGUUAGUAUCUUUCUUUGUCUGCAUAGCCCCACUACUUGGAUGGAAAGAUCCUAAUUGGGAGGUGCGACUUAGAGACAAAAAAUGUAUAGUUAGUCAAGACAUCUACUACCAAAUAUUCGCGACUGCAUCUUCCUUUUAUCUUCCUCUAUUAGUUAUCCUUAUACUGUAUUGGAGAAUAUUCCAGACAGCACGGAAACGGAUCAGGAGAAGGCAGGCAUUGAGUAAAUCCAACGAAGAAGGAGCUAAGAACCCCGCAGCAGGGGGAAUUGCUGGAGGCCUAGCUGCAGCUAGCGGUACAGGUGGCAUAGCAGCAGCUGUGGUAACUGUUAUCGGACGCCCUCUACCUACAAUAUCUGAAACAACUACUGCAUUUACAAACAUAUCUUCGAAUAAUAGUAGCCCUGAAAAAACUUCAUUUGCUAAUGGACUGGAGGCGGAUCUGCCGACAACUGCAGAAUGUAGUGUCGCGUAUCAACCGCAUCAGUAUCCCAUUAAAAGAAAAACAAGGGACGGUAUGGACUCGAAGAGGGAAAGAAAAGCUGCGAAAACCUUGGCAAUUAUCACAGGAGCGUUUGUUCUGUGCUGGUUGCCAUUUUUUAUUAUGGCUGUUCUAUUGCCAAUCAAUCCUAAUCUAUUUGAUAAAUACUUAGUAUCAAUUUGUCUUUGGUUGGGAUAUUUCAAUUCAACACUUAAUCCUAUUAUUUACACGAUUUUCAGUCCAGAAUUCAGACAUGCUUUUAAAAAAAUUCUGUGCGGUAGAAAUUAUGCCAGACGAAAUAGACAUUUUGGUAUAAGAAAUUUUCAAUGAUGGAGGCCAAGUGGUCGCUUACCUUCAGAUGCAGAUCCGCCAGUAGCAGCGAGAUUAGCCGCAAUAGUUGCAGCACCUGCAGUUGCGAGCGGAUCAAGAAAUGUUACAUUCAAAUGUGACUGAUCCGAAGGUAGGAGAUCACUUAACACGAUCUCACCGAAUAUAGACAUGGAUAACAGCAGUACAAGUAGCGAAAACAGGAGAGUUAUACUUGAAAUGCAAAGUUUUUAAACUGCGAUAUUUUAGUUUCGUCUUAAUUUAAAAUAUAAAAUAGUUAUUUUCCUAACAAGUGCGGAAAGUGAUACUUUCCCGCACGCGACUGCAGUUGUCCCGAACGACGCGGAGCGGAGUUCGGGCAUGCGGUCAAGUGCGGGAAAGACACUUUACACAUGUGUUAGGAACAUUAUUUUUUCUACGACCGUAUAUACAAAAAAGCAUACCAAACCAUUUUUCAAAAAUUAUUUUAAUCCAACAAACAUAACAAUAUAAAAAACUGUAACUAAAAACUACUAAUUAUUAUAAAUAUUAAUAUUGAAAACACAAUUUGUUGCAUUCUGUAGACUAGUAAGAAUUGCCGAUCCAGUGGAGUUAUUUGGUUUCAACUGGAGGGUAGAUAACGUCGAUGAGGAUGGAUGGCAUCGGUUGCAGGUCGAUAAAGAUGACGAUGACGGUGACGGCAACGGUUUUAAGUCAGUUGGCAGGUAACAGCUCGGAAUUAGUUUCAUUUGCAGCCUUCAAAAUGGCUUCGGGAAGUUCUUCCUCGGUUGAUGAUGAAUUAAUAUUAUUGUAUCGGAUUCGGUUUAAUGUGGUUUAAUUUAGAAGAAGAUUGCACUUAUUCGGUCACUUCCAAGACGUUUGGAACAACUUUGACGUUUUAGUAACAAUUACAUGGUUAUAUAAAAAAUAUCUGUAUUAUUUUAUAUUUUCAAAAAAUUAAAAAUGCUACAAAAAGCUAGAAAAGGUUUAAAUUUUGUUUGAUGGACUAUUUCGUAAAUAUUUAUUUACCUGUAGUAACAAUAGUUAUAAUCUCAAAAGUGAAAAACUAUCUAAUAUGGUCAAAAUGUGCAUCAUUUUACUUUCCCGCACUAGUGCGGGAAAGUGACACUUUCAAAACUAAAAUGCGUGCGGGAAAGUGGGUUAAAACGCACGGUCGUAGAAAAAAAAUAUAUUAGACUCACAAAACGGGAAAGCGGGUAUCCUUAUGACUAAUUACAUUUAUAUAAAUAUAUCAAUAUCUAAUUAAUUACUAUCUUCAAACGCUUCAAUAUCUGUUUGGCUCAAUUGACAGUUUGUAAAAAUGUAACUACAUAUAACUCAGGAUUAACUUCAACAUAUUUAUUUAAAUAGAAAUCAUCAAUCAUUUACAUUUUUGUUAAUAGUUUGAAAUAGUCCUAUGUUACUUCAUGAAAUUUUCAUUCUACUCAUAUCGAUUUUAACCUUGUUUGUAUCAAUAAACAGAGAAGUGUAGUUUUGAUCAUUAACAGCAGAAAGGCGCGAUACGUAACAUGUGAAAACACUUUCACCCUAAUAAAGGAAUUUUGUUUGCUCCGCUGUUCACUACUAGUUCUAGCUUCAACUAAAACGUGAAUUUUCUCUUACGCUCAAUUUUGCACGAAACAAGGUUUUCACUUCACAAAAAUAGCUGUUAAUAACUCUUGUUAUCAGCAAGGAUUUCACAAGCAGUGUCUGAAGUAAUUUUAUGUGGAACAUUCUGUGGAAUGGUAGUGUUUAUCUACUCAUUUACGAUUGAAGUACUACUAACGAAUAGAAGUGUUUGUUUUGCUGAAGGAUAUUUUGAAUGGAAUCAAUAUAUUUUUCAUGCAAAAAAUUAAAAGCAAAGCAUCUAAAACUGUAAACUUUAUUCUUUUAAUGAGAAUGUAUUAUACUCAAAGCAUUCUAGGUAUUCGAAGAUUUCUAAUAUCUAUACACGGGUUCAAAGUUUUCCUAAAUGAUUUCCAUAUCGAAUACUGGACUCGCAAAUAUGCACGAUCGAACACACAAUCUCAUAAUAUAAACUAACAACAGUUAUUGAGUUUCAAACAAAUGAGCUCAUUGGGAAUAUUUGAUAUCCACCGUUUUAUUCCACUAUAUAAAUGAGCGUUAAACAAGUUUCAAGUGACCUAAAAAGCUAUGGUCCACCAGAAUAGAUAGGUCAGUAUAUUUCAAUAAUUACAUAUCGCAAACUUGAUAUUCGGAAACUUUUGGAAAACUCUCUGAACAAUACCUAUAUAACAAACAACACUAGAAAUAAACGAUUUUUAGAACGAAAUGAAUAUUUUAGCCAAUACUUCAGGU